CGUGACUGCGCGAUACAAUAAUAAUAAUAAAUUGAGCAGAAAUAAAUAAACAACAAAGAAUUAAAGAUACAGCUGCUCUGAAAACAAAACAAAAUACACAACUAUGAAUGAGACAUUAAUAAAAAUAAAAUAACAUUUGGACGGAUGGCAUAUAUAAGUAUAAAUAUGCGCAUAAUUUGAGAAUCCUGGCUGUUAGAGUUCCUUGUCAAUGGCAAUGACCAAAAUCGUCCCAGCUCUGCUCCUCUUCUCCUUUCUUACAGAUCUGUUUCCAGGUAUCCAAAGCACGGGAUUUGGAAUCAACUAUGGCCAAAUUGCCGACAAUCUGCCAUCCCAUUCAAGGGUCGUCACCCUCCUCAAAUCACUUAACGUUAAACGGGUUAAACUUUACGACGCCGACCCGAACGUCCUGACCGCAUUUGCCGGGUCGGACUUUGAGUUCGUUAUUGGCCUUGGAAAUGGCGAUCUUCAGAAGAUGACUGACCCGACCCAAGCCCAGACCUGGAUCCAACAGAAUGUUCAGCCCUAUUACGGGCCAACCAAGAUCACCUGUAUCACGGUCGGGAACGAGGUCUUAACCGGCGGUGACUCUCAAGCGAUGUCGUAUCUUCUCCCGGCGAUGAAAUCCGUUCAUGCGGCACUGGUUAAUUUAGGGUUAAGCGACAAGAUCAGUGUAACGACGGCACAUGCUUACUCGGCAAUGGCGGUCUCCUUCCCACCUUCCUCCGGCGCGUUUAAACCGGAUCUCGCGGAAUACAUCCACGCCAUUCUCGAUUUCCAUACUCAAACAAAAUCGGCGUUCCUCAUAAACGCUUACCCCUACUUCGCAUACAAAGGAGAUCCCGGCGAUGUUUCGUUGGAUUAUGUGCUUUUCAACCCUAAUCCGGGGAAUACCGAUCCGGUGACGAAAUUGAAAUACGAUAACAUGUUUUACGCCCAGAUCGAUGCGGUUUAUUCGGCGAUGAAGGCGAUGGGCCACGAGGAUAUAGAAGUAAAGGUAUCAGAAACGGGUUGGCCUUCGAAGGGGGACGAGAAUGAGGCGGGGGCGACGCAGGCGAAUGCCGCACGGUACAAUAGUAAUCUGUUGGGGCGCUUGAACAAGGGCGAAGGUACACCGGCGAAGCCGUCGGUGCCGGUUGAUGUGUAUGUUUUCGCUCUGUUCAAUGAGAAUCUAAAGCCCGGCCCGACUUCGGAGAGGAAUUACGGGCUCUAUUACCCGAAUCUCGACCCGGUUUAUGACAUUAAACUACAACAGCAAGAUGGUACUGGUUCUACCGGUUCUACUGGUUACUUUCCCCAAAUGGAGUUUUCUGCUGCUGGUGGUAGAGUAUUCUGUAUUCCAGCUUUUCUUCUGAUUUUUAUGCUAUACUUCAUACAAGUCUGGUAGCUUCAGGAACAGAACAAAUUGUAGGUAGAGCAGAGCCCCAUUGAUAAUUGAAUUGGCUGUCCUUGAUUGAUUUAUUGCUACAAAUUGAUUAAAGGCAGCUUGGUUCGGCGAUUAUUGAAUGGCAAUUUAGCAUACUAUACACAGAUGAUUCAGCAUUAUUCUUUUAUUAGAUAGGCGUUAAUUAAGGAUAUAGGCUUUUUGUUCUUGGUCUUUAGAUGUGUGAAUAUAUAUGCCAUUGUAUUCCAUAUUUUUCUCAAUUUGUUUUUUAUAUUUUUCGAAAUUCCUGUUUCUGUUGUUAUAUUUGCGUGUUGUAUAUCAUCAACUAAUUAUGCUUUAUUAAGUUUUUAUGCA